AGGAUGCCUACGCAUAUCCUGCAGAGGCUGAAGAUGUGGAGCUGAAGGUUUCCAAGUUGAUUUAUUUUGAGAAAAGGUUUUAAGGCUUUAUUUUGCAUCCUGGUAGUUUCCGGCUUGGAAACGAAAACGUUCAAGAUGCCAUGUAUAAGGAUCGUUCGGGAUCAUGUGCUGCCUAGGGCGGAAAGUUUUUGCUGUUGCUGGGAACAACAAAGCGAUAUUCAAGACAAACCACAUCAAACAGGUUGAUGCCGCGCAAACAUUCGCAGAGAAAUGCAAGGAAGUGCGCCGAGAACAAGGAGGUGGGGACGAAGACACAACCGACCGCGCUUCAAGCACCACGGGCACGACUUCGGGCGUCGAAGAAGAGCAGGUUGCGGCCCGCAAGACGAACGCUCUGCAAGCAAAUGCGAAAAGUCAACCAGGCGAGACUGAGCCCGGGUUGACGGGCUGCACUGCUUUUUCGUCGGUGCACGGAGACAAGGGCGGUUCCGAGAAGCACGUAAGAAACAAAUCGGAGAAGAGUGAAGGGAAAUCGGGCAAAAGCAGUGGAAAACGCCAGGGGAAAACCAAGGGGAAAGGGGAAACGAGCAAGGGAAACAAGGGAAGCAAGCAGCAGGACGACUGGUUCAGCGCAGGCAGCAAACAGUACAACAAGAACAGCGGCAAAGGGAAGAGCAAGCCAAAGCGCGGUGGUUACUACGAACAAAUGAAUGCUGGCGCCCAGGGGGCGUGGUGAGAAAAAGAAAGAGGAAUAACGACCCGAACGGUGGCAAUAUUUCUCGUUUUCUCCCGCGACCCUGCAGGGCUGCAUCUGCAAAUCGGAUCAGAAAAUCGAAACUGUAUGAUGCUGUCCAAGAACGAUCACAGACACAGAGAUUUUUCACACGACCGAAAGUUUCAAUGUACACAGACCUAGAGGACCGAAACCGAUAUCGGUACGGCCACGAUAUAGAAGAGAGCAACAGGAUGUUGUUAGAGCUUGUAUAAUGUUGUAUGGGUCAAAUCAUGAACGUGGAGACUUGCCUGCAGCCGCGUUUUGCGAUCUCGGCAGGCGCACUUGUUUGGAUGAAAAGCACAUGGAUGCCAUAUACGAGAUUCAUUUACCAGAAUGUGCAAAAUGUAAGUUUGUAUCGGUUGCGUUAU